AUGGAAGCCUUCAAACUCACCCUCUCGGACGGCAAGACCAUCUCCGGGCUCCACAGCAUCCCGUCCCCCACGGCCUCCAACCCGCUCCGCCCGGCUCACCCUCCCCUCAUCGUCGGCCUCCACGGCGGCACCUACUCGGGUGCCUACUUCGACGCCGACGACACCUACACCGCCCGCCACACCAGCGCAGCGACUGGCGUGCCCUUCAUCGCCCUCGACCGCCAGGGGUACAACGAUACCUCCCCCGUCGGCGAGGACAUUCCCUCGUCCUCCUCCUUUUACGAGGAAUGGGGCACCUCGCUCCACCGCGACAUCCUCCCGGUCCUCUGGGAUAAAUUCGCCGUGCCGAACGGAUGCACCUCCAUCGCGCUGCACUGCCACUCCCUCGGUGCGCCAGGCGCGUGCGUCGCAGCGGCGCUCUGGUCCGAAGAGACAUCCCCCGCCUACCCACUCGCCGCCCUCACCAUCUCAGGCUUCGGCAACGCAGUCAAAAACUGCCGCACAGGGGACUUCACGCCGGCAGAUGAUCCCCCUCCGUCACACGUGCACUUCCCGCACGCAGCAAAGGACGCGCUCAUGUUCCCGCCGGGUACGGCAGACCCGGCGAUGCUGACGCACACGGCGCGCCUGGACCGCCCGAUGCCGUACCGCGAGAUGGCGGAUUUGCGCGGGAAGUGGCUGGCGAACUGGGAGGACAAGUUUGCGGGGCGGAUCACGGUGCCGGUGUUGAUUGGGCUUGCGGGACGGGACGGACUGUGGUUGUCGAGGGAGGAGGAUGUGAGAGAGUAUGUUGCGGCGUUUAGGAAGAGUCGGAGGGUGGAAGGGAGUGUGAUUCCUGGGGCGCCGCAUAAUAUCGAGAUGAGUUAUUGGUCUCAAGGGUGGUAUGCGCGUGUGUUUGGGUUUGCGAUGGAGGGGGCGGCGUCUUUGGCGAUUGGUGAUGGUGGUGGAGAGGGUGAUGACUUUGGGAAGCAUUGA